AGGAUCUGUGGAAGGAACAGAUCAGUUGGGACGAACCAUUAUCUAAUGUAUUUGAGCAACGAUGGUUGUUCAUCCGUGACAAUCUGGCGCAACUGCAUGAUCUUACUAUUCCUCGAUGGGUGACGUCUACAUCCAAACCCGUAUGCGUAGAGCUUCAUGGCUUUUGUGACGCGUCCGAAAAGGCCUAUGGAGCAUGCGUUUAUGUUCGUACAGUAGAUCAGUCCGGAACCAUAUCAUCUAACUUACUUGUUUCCAAAUCACGUGUGGCACCCAUAGGAAACUCAAAGAAGGAGCGAAAGUUAAGUUUGCCCAGAUUGGAGUUGUGUGCUGCUCAUUUGCUCGCUCAACUUUAUCAAAAGGUACGUACAUCCUUACAAGCCGAUCUUACAACAUAUUUCUGGUCAGAUUCCACCAUUGUCUUACACUGGUUGUCGUCGCCAUCAUCAUGCUAGAAGAACGAACCGUACUACUUAACCAGACCAUCGAAACGAAUCCCAUAUUUUUGUUGUACUCAUCUUACCCCAAACUGCAGCAACGUGUUGCAUGGAUACGUCGUUUCCUGUACAACAUCAAACCAGCUAACAACGAUAAACGUCUUUACCCGUACCUCACUCUACAAGAACUUCAAGAGGCAACCAAAUGUCUUGUACGAAUGGCUCAAAAAGAAGUUUUUGGUGCCGAAUUUUUAAGUCUGCAAAAAUCUGGCCAAGUUGAUUCUAAUUCCCGUCUGAAAUCGCUUACCCCAUACCUGGACGAUGAUUUACUGCAUGUUGGCGGGAGACUUCGUCAUGCUGAUGUGUCUCCGUCCCGGAAACAUCCUCUGAUUUUGCCAGCUGGGCAUCCUCUUUCAACGUUGAUUGCUAACCAUUACCAUUUUUGUUACCAACAUGCCGGAGCAACAUUACUAAUUUCUCUUCUAAGGGAGAAAUUCUGGCCGCUUCGAGCAAGGAACCUGGCUCGCCGAGUAGUUCAUUCCUGUGUGAGCUGUUUUCGAAAUCGACCAACCCCGCUGGAACAGCUCAUGGGAGACCUGCCGCGAGAACGUGUCACACCAACCUUACCCUUCUUACGGACUGGAGUGGACUUAUGUGGUCCUAUUUUCUACAAAUAUCCUAAUCGAAAAGCUCCACCAGUCAAGGGCUAUGUAGCUAUCUUCGUUUGUCUGGUCGUAAAAGCAGUACAUAUAGAGAUGGUUGCAGAUCUCUCUACCAACGCCUUCCUGGCCGCCCUUCGACGCUUCGUGUCACGACGUGGUCGACCACAGCUGAUCGAGUGUGACAACGCGAAAAACUUCAUCGGAGCUUCUCGAGAAGUGGCACAAUUAGCAAAACAAUUUCAAACUCAGCAGUUUCAACAGACCGUUAUCAAAUCAUGUGCCAACGAGAGUAUCGAAUUUAAAUUCAUACCGCCGCGUUCCCCCAAUUUCGGCGGAUUGUGGGAAGCCGCAGUAAAGUCAUUUAAGACUCAUCUCAAACCCACCAUCGGAAACGCCAUUCUUACUUACGAAGAAUUUACUACCUUGCUAACCCAAAUCGAAGCUUGUUUGAAUUCUAGGCCGCUUACACCGAUGUCUUCUGACCCGAACGAUUAUGAAGCUCUGACCCCGGCACAUUUCCUAAUACACCGCUCUAUCGUGGGACUUGCGGAACCAUCUUACGAGUCGAGACCUAUCAACCGACUGGACCGUUACGAGCAGGUUCAAGAGUUUCUGCGCCGCUUGUGGAAUCGAUGGUCAUCGGACUACCUAUCGGGCCUUCAUCCUAAGACCAAGUGGACUAAACAGCGAGAUAACAUCACCCUGGGCACUAUGGUUUUGGUGAAGGAAGAUAAUCUUCCCCCGCGUAAAUGGUGUUUAGGGCGAGUAACGGACAUCGUGAAAGGAGCGGAUGGAAACGUCCGAGUAGUUUUUGUUAGAACUAGGGAUGGUGAAUUCAAAAGGACUAUCUCUAAGCUUUGCGUCCUCCCAAUCAGACAGACAACUUCAGAGGAGUGUUGAAUCUCUUGGUGAUUCAACGGGGGGGAGGAUGUUGAGGAAACCGAAUUCCGUUUAGCAUACGUGCGCGCGAGAGAAAGAGAAGGAGAGAGAGGGAACUUAAUCGUGUCGCCGUGCGCUGCUCAACGGGAGAGCGCUACGCGCUGACCGAGAGAAUUCUUAUCAGCUUAACAAGUAGCGUUCUGAUCCCCAUACCAACAGGUCGCGUUUUGACCUCAGACCCAAAAAGUUGCGUUCUGACCAAUCUGUUCUAAAGUGAAAUAAACUUGUGAAUUAACAACAUCUUACAAACAUAUACA